AUGAGCCUUUCCGUUGAGUCAAAGACUAUUCUUGAUAUUGCAUCCAUAAGUAUUAACAACAAACCCGGACCCUGUCCCCAAUGUCGUCUAAUCCAGCUGCUGAUUAGCAAGCUCUGCUCGAGUGAGGGCAAAGACCCAAAGUCAGAAGACCCACAGCACUCAGAACAACUCGAAGAAGAAGUCAUAAAUGACUACACUGAUCAGCUUGAGGGAAAUGGCUCGGAAAAUUCUUCAUCUUGGCGAGUUUCAUCCUUAUGCGACAUUGAUGCCGAAGACGAAAACCAUUCACCGGCCUGGUGCACCCAAAAAUGCCUACUAGGUCUCAAAAGCGGGACAAAGUUGGACCCAGACUUUCCUAAUGUUAAAAGUCAUCGUUGGGACUUAAGGAACGAGAAUCAUCCCUUAUGCAGACACACCUUCAGGAGUAUACUCCAGGCCGUGCUUCGAGCACAUCCUGACAAGAUUUGGACACCCUUGAAGCUAGGCGAGAAGCCCGGUAAACUCACAGCCUGUGCUAAGAACACAAUGUUCCGCAUCACUCUGCCUCUCUUCAAUUAUGUAUUGAUAGCAAAAGCGAACGCAGAGGAGACACCGUUGAUGGCUCAAGAAUUCAGAAUCUACAGACGCCUUCGGUUUCUGCAAGGGGUGCGAAUUCCCGUUACGCUUGGGCUCAUCAGUACGCCGGAUGAAAGGCCCCAUACUUAUGAUGAAUCAUCAUUUCGUUGUAUUACUUUGCUGUCAUAUGUCGGAAAGGGCGUGAGCAUAGAGAACGAAGCAGAGUACGCUGAAGACGUAGGGCAAUUUCGAAAUAAUGAUCUCAAGCAGUACAAUGUGUCUCUUGAUACUGUCUAUCGACGGAACAUCCUUUGGAGCGAGGAAUUGAACCGAGUGAUGUUCGUCGAUUUCGAAAGGGCAGAAAUCACGGCUCCUUUCAACAAUCUCGAGGUCGGUGUACGUAGUCUGAGUACAGAAGAAAGGGUUUUGUUGUUACGAGACCAUGACGAGAGGAUAGUUCGCAAGUUGAUCGCGGAAGUUGGGACGUCACAGUACACCGGUGCGGAGAUUCUGCGAAAGCUGUGUGGGGAAGAAUGA